AUGAGCACAGGUUUUAUUAACCACUUAACCUAUUUUCUGGCUGCUGGUGCCGUUAGUCUGGGAAUCGGUUUCUUUGCUUUGGCGUCUGCUUUGUGGUUCCUGAUUUGCAAAAGAAGAGAAAUAUUUCAAAGUCCCAAAGUUAAAUCAACUGAUGAAAAGGUGAUGCAAGGACCACCCAAAUCGAAGAUUAAAUCUCAUUCUCAGUGUGUUUUCAUUUCCCGAAACUUUCAUGCUGGCCGAUCUCAACCAAAGGUGGAGCAAAGAGAAAGGGAAGCACCACAAAUAAAAGCAAUCAACUCUAAAGGUGAAUUCUGCCCUCUGGCUCCUGCUGUCCAUGAGUCCCCUGAGAUGAUCUCAGUAGCAAAUGCCAGCAGUGUGACACUGAGCUUGUCAACGUCGGUCUCUAGUUCUUAUUGCAGCCAAAGCGUGGAAGCAGCUGAUGACUGGUUUUCUGAUGAUUCUUUAGAAAACAAGAAUGCCCCAGAGCCUUUACUUGGGGAAUCUCUAGCAGAAAAGGUGUUUGCAUACCUGUCAACCAUUUCGUUAGAAGAAUGGCCUGGAACCACAAUGAAUGUGACAUUUUGUGGCGAUCAAAAUGAUGAUAGCAUUAAGGAAAAGUUUUUACAAAGAAAUGCAGAGGUUGGCACGCACAACCUUCAGGAUGAUAUUGAAUGA